UCUAUCGACGACGCUUAACCCGCUGUAUUUAGUAUUGACUGUACGCCGAAGAACAGGUUCAUUCACUUGUUACAGCUUUGUGUCAUCUAAAGUCUUAAUCAAGACACGUUAAAAUGACAGCGGUAAACUAUUCUGGUGCAUACAGACAUAACAAAUAAACAAGCAACAACGUGAGGGACCGAUUGGCACGCUGUAGUGGGCAGUAUUUGCUUCACCAAGGAGCCUAUGGUUGAGACGUCUUGACAGGGACCUGGAUGCUCUCGCUGGGCACCGUGCUGCUCGGUGGCUUCUCUGACUCCAAAGGAACCUCCCCUCCAUUCUCCCAGCCCUCCAUGAGCCCAAGGUGGUGGCCGGCAUCCGAUGAUUCUGCCCACCUGCUGCAGCCAUAGCGCCAACCACCCAGACCAGGGAGACGAAGUCGUAGGAUUGGCAGGACAGCCCGACCCGCCCUCUGACCCGUCGACUUGUGAGAUGCCCUCGCUCCCCGACAAUGGAGAGGAUCAAGGAACAUCCCCCGUGAAUCUGCCAUCUGCCCUGGCCUAUCAGAACACGGGGAAGAGGAAGGUCCGCACCAAGAAGAAGAAAGGAAUCAUCUCAGCCAACGUAGCAGGAACCAAAUAUGAAAUAGUGCGGGUCGUAAUUGGUGAGCUGGCUUUCAUGAAGACGCGGGAUGAGGAUGAAACAGCUAACCUCAUCUGGAAUGACUCAGCUGUUCAACAUGAGAAAAUCGCUGAGCUCAGGAACUACCAGAGAAUCAACCAUUUCCCUGGGAUGGGGGAAAUCUGCCGGAAAGACUGCUUGGCAAGAAACAUGGCCAAAAUGAUUAAAUUCCAGCCUCAGGAGUACAGCUUCAUACCCAAGACCUGGAUCUUUCCUGCUGAGUACACGCAGUUCCAGAACUACGUGAAGGAGCUGCGGAGAAAGCGCAAGCAGAAGACAUUCAUCGUGAAGCCGGCCAACGGCGCCAUGGGUCACGGGAUUUCCUUGAUUCGCAAUUGCGAGAAGCUUCCAAGUCAAGAGCACUACAUCGUGCAGGAGUACCUUGAGAAGCCCUUUCUGAUGGAAGGCUACAAGUUCGACUUGCGUAUUUACAUCCUGGUCACCUCCUGCGAUCCUCUGCGGAUCUUCCUCUACAACGACGGCCUGGUCCGGAUGGGGACCGAGAAGUACCACUCGCCCAACGAGUCCAACCUGAGCCAACUGUUCAUGCACCUGACAAAUUACUCUGUCAACAAACACAACGAGAACUUUGAGCGAGAUGAGACCAUAGACAAAGGAAGCAAGAGAUCUCUCGGCUGGUUUUCCGAGUUCCUCCGGUCCAACGAUUUCGAUGUGGCCAAAUUCUGGAAUGAUGUAUCAGAGCUGGUGGUGAAGACGCUGAUCGUGGCCGAGCCCCACGUCCUGCACGCCUACCGCAUGUGCCGCCCAGGACAGCCACCAGGGAGCGACAGCGUCUGCUUCGAGAUGCUCGGCUUCGACAUCAUCCUCGACCGCAAGCUCAAGCCCUGGCUGCUAGAGAUCAAUCGUGCUCCGAGCUUCAGCACCGAUCAGAGGAUUGAUUAUGAUGUGAAGAAGGGGGCCCUGCUCAAUGCCCUGAAACUGCUGAACAUCAGGGCGAGCGAUAAGAGGCGUAACCUGGCCCAGCAGAAGGCCGAGGCCCAGCGGCGUCUCUACGGCCAGGGCUCCAUGAAGAGGCUCUCGUCCGUCUCCUCGGAGCGCGAGCGCCAGAGACACACCCUGGAGCGCCGAAGAGAGGAACUGAAAGAGCGUCUGGUCCAGGUCCGGAAGCAGAUUUCCCGGGAGGAGCACGAGAAACGGCACCUGGGGAACUACAGACGUAUUUACCCCCCAGAUGACAAGCUGCUCUUGGAGAAGUAUGAAAGCCUCCUCUCAGCUGCCUUUCAGAUAUUUCUCGCCGGGCGGGCGGCCUCACUUCAAAAGGAAAUGAAUAAUCCUCUGAAACGAAUGAAGGAGGAGGACAUCUUGGAUCUGCUGGAACAGUGUGAGCUGGACGAUGAGAAACUCACGGGGAGGUCUUCCCGCCAGAGAGGAUCCAAGGCCUUGUCCUCCAUGCCUGAGAGCAGCCACACGCCCAAGAAGCAGCAGGGCGCCUACGGCAGCGGCUCCGGCAGCGGCGACGACAGCUGCUCCUCGGGCUCCGAGGACGAGGACGAGAAGGACGACUCCCUGACCGAGACCAAGAGGGUCUCCUACAACCUGGGAGACGCCAGACACAAGUCCUCGGAGCGCUCCAGCCGUGUCCAGGGGAAGCCUCCGCUGAAGACGGUGCGUAUCCGUGCGGUGGCGUCGCCCACCCUGGCGGGGCCCAUCCGCCGCUCGGUGUCGUGCCCGCGCUCCAUCUCCUCGCUGGCCGCCCAGUCGCCCACCAACGAGCAGCGCGGGGGUCUGGCCGGCAGGAUGCUGUCCUCCUCCUCCUCGACCGGCGCCGCCUCCUCAGCAUCAGCAUCGGCGUCGUCCUCGGCAACCGGGCGGCCCAGCACGGCGUCGCGCUCCCACUCGCUCAGCCGCAGCGGCUCGGCCCACAGGGUGCCACACAGCAGCAGCCUGGGCACCAUCCACGCCCACAUGGCCAGCUCCGGCGAGUCCCUGCUGAACCUGAAGACGAAGGAGCAGGAGGCGGAGCUGACACGGCACACGCUGGCCGCGCUCAACGAGAUGCGCAUCCGCUUCCCCGGCAAGAACGAGGACGACGCCGAGCUGCUGCUGGAUGAAAUUCUAGACAACUGGAAGUAUCAUAAACCAAAAGUGGCCUCUUAUUGGUUGGUGAAAUUGGACUCCACCAAACAGAGAAAGGUCCUGGACAUUGUGCGCACUAACGUGCGUUCGGUGCUGCAGCGGGUGUGGAGAGAGCCCGACGUGGACAGUUUACAUUUGUACCGCCUUUUCAACCGUGUCUUUAACCGCCUGCUCUGGAGCCACGGACAGGGCCUCUGGAACUGCUUCUCCAACUCGGGGUCGUCGUGGGAGAGCGUCUUCAACCGCAGCAGCGAGGUGGUGACGGCACAGGAGCUGCGCUGCUGCCAGAGGGUGGUGCAGCUGUGCCGCGACUGUCUGCUGGUGGUCUACAAGUUCGUGCAGGACUCCCGGGGCACCAUCAGUGGACUGAGCUCCGAGUGGGAGGACACCAGGUAUCUGGUGCCAGUCACGUCUCAGUUCAUAAUCAAGUGGCCUUCCUCCAGCCUUGGCCGCGUCUCCUCGGCCAUGCCUCGCUCCCGCAGCCUGUUCACCACCAGGAUGGGCCAGUUCUGACCUCUCCCUGCCCCUGCCCCUGCCCCUGCC